AAUCUGACCCGCGGGCAGCUUCGAUCCAUAAUUAUUGACAUCAUGCGGCUGCUGUGACCGACCCUUUUUUGACCUUAUUUAUUUGAAACUCCCUCCGUCUCUUUCUCUGAUUCUCACCCUUUUUCACCCUCUCCUCUAUUUUGCCCUUUCGUUACCAAUUUAAAUCUAAAAGAUUUUGUUGAUCUGCGCCUUCAGUUCCGGGAUUUUAGCGAAACUUAGAUUCAAUUAGCUUUUGUUUUUGAAGAAAACAAUUGGGGGCGCAGAUAUUGUAGAUGUGGUUUCAUUUAAUUGUAAUUAAUUGAUUAAUUAAUCGAAGCGGAAUAUUGUUUUUGCGUUUCUCUUUUGAAAUGGCUUCGAGUUUUGAUCGGUGGGAAAAAGAUCCUUUCUUCUCUGUGGCUGAAGAAGUUCAGGAAUCUGCUGACAGGAUGGAAUCGACAUACAGAACCUGGAUACACGCGAAAAAGGACGUUUCUAGUACGUGGAAUUUGGAGGAACUUCGUAGGGAUCUGCGUACUGCCCUUGGCACUACCAAAUGGCAGUUAGAGGAGUUUGAAAAGGCUGUCCAAUCAAGUUACGGUGGGAGUUCAAGUGAGGAUUCAAGAGAUAGGCAUCACGAAUUUAUUGUAGCAAUUGAGGAUCAGAUUUCAAAGAUUGAAAAAUCAUUGCAGGAAUCAGCUCUUUCGGAGGGUAAGGCAUUGAUGCCUUGGGUGCGUUUGGAUGAAGGUGAAUGCAAUGAGCUUGCUUUGUUUUUGUCUGGACCAUCUGUAUCUGGAGAGAAGAAACUUCCUCCUAAGAGUCAUGGUAGAGAAAAUGAAAUCACACAAGGAAUCGAUAAAGAAUCAGUGGCACAUUGCUCAAAGAAUCCUCAGUCUGUUGAGUGGAGCUCCUCCGAGGCUAAGGGCCAAAAGUCACAUGGGCAUAGGAGGACUGCUAGUGCUAGUGCUGACAUUGGUGCUUGGAAGAUUGCAAUUGCUGAUGAUGCUUUACAGCAGAACUCUUCCAAUGGUCAGCCCUCUAUUCCCCCACGAAAGGUACCAAGCUUGUCUGGUUUCCUUGAUUCCCUGGAUUCUGUAGCCAAGUUGAAGUGGCCAAAGAAUGGCAUCAGGAAGUGCAAGGCAGUAGAUCGUCAUCACGAGUCUGAUACAGAGUUGUUGAGACCUCCUCAGUUGGAUAGGGGCAUUAAUGCAUGCUAUGAAAGAAGUAAGAGUUGCCUGAAUUGCGAUGAUUGUUAUGAUAAGCAACUUUAUGGCUGGUAUGGGGCUAUUCAAAGACAGCUUCAAAGGUCUCAGUAUCAAAUGCAAUAUAGUCGUCCCAUUCAACUGUCCGUUUGGAUUGUCCUCUUCCUUUGCUUGAUUGGUUGAUUAUUCAGAAGAGAUGAGAAAUUUACAAGGAUGUUAUUGAUAAAGCUAGAACAGGUUCAAUGGAAUGGAGAAAUGCUGCUGGAUAUCCUAUGAUUGUAAGAUAUCUAUCAAGGUGAUGGACAUCUAUAUCAAUUAUGGUUUAUGGUGCAAAGUUUUGGGCAGUUAGAUGGAUGCAUGCUAAUACAAGAAGAGAUAGGUUACAAAGAAUGUUAUCUAUAAAGGAUGGUGGCCGCUUUCACUGCGAACAAAUUAGAAAGUGGAUAACUCAUGGUUUAGAGAGCAUAACAUAAGCCUGUGAUACAUAAUAUGAAGGAGUAACUCUAUGCUGGUAGAAACACUGAAAAAAGCAGGAAUCACAUGGGGUGUAUUAAAAUAAUUAGAACCAAGAUUAACUGCAUUUAUAGACUCCUGCAAUCAAUUCAGAUUGUUUGCUUCCUACGCAUUCAGAUUGUGGUGCUAGUGCCACUUCUUGCUAUGUUUUAACUGUAUUCGCAUUUUCUGAAAUUGAGUCCGUGAAAGUCUAUGAAGCCUAAACAUUUUGUUUUCG